AUGGUCCGAGAGACUAGGAAGCGCAGAGCCAAAGGCAAUACGUCCACGAACUUACCCAAGUAUCGCAAAAUACGGCCCCGGCCUGACGGAGAUGAGUCUGACGAAGGCCGAUGCAAGCCCAGCGAUGGGGUCAGCGUCGAAAAGCCACAAGGUCACAAGUUGCUGGAAAAGGGGCAAUUGAUGCCAGCGGGCUGGAGGACCGAUGAUGGCGGCACAGAGAGCCAAUCUUUCGUCGCCCUCCUCGCCGAGCAGAGCAAGAAGAACAAACAAGCGACGGCAGCAGUCCAGGAGUUCCUGAACCUCUUCACAGAACACAUCGAUGCCAGCUCGACGCGUCUACACACGCACAUGGAGAAGCUCUCUCACUCGUGCACUGAGCAGGAAGGCGACUUUCUCUCCGCCUUCCAAGUCGCCUACGCCCUCUCGCGGCCGUCACCCGCGAGCAGCCGGGCAGCUGAUGGCCUGGCCUUUGCGAGCCUCUACCCCCACUUCCAGGCGCUCGUUGCGAACGCCCAGCAUUCAAUUCAGCAGUGUGAGCUCCUUGACCACCGCAUUUCUCAGGUCCAAACGGCUGAGCUUCUUGGAGGGCUCAAGUGGGGCGAGGAGCAUGCAGAGGUAGAAGAGUUGCUGCGACUGGGCCAGCGCCUCGGCCGUCAGAAGUAUGAGGCCCUCAUCAAGGGCAUCGACGCCCCGGAGGCGCCUAGCCCGCAGAUGGAGCGCCUCUAUGGACCUGAGCAGACUGUCUCCAGUGCGGCCUGGGGAUCGGUGGCACGGAAGCAGAUGCGGGCGCUGAGAAAGCUCCUCAAGGCGACUAACUCUGAAGGGUAA